UACUACCAAGAAUUAGAGAUGCAGAUACUCUAAUAGAAUGAAUCUAAAAAAUAUGAAAUUAUCUGCAUUAAGCAGAAAUUUUAGACAAAGAUAUUUACAAUUUAUAAGAAAUUUCUCAUCGAACAAUCAUGAGUGCAAGUUCGAUGUUGUUGUCAUUGGUGGUGGUCAUGCUGGAACAGAGGCUUGUGCAGCUGCAGCUAGAAUGGGUGCAAACACGCUACUUAUCACCCAUAAAAAGAGUACAAUAGGAGAAAUGUCGUGUAAUCCAUCUUUUGGUGGAAUUGGAAAGGGAAAUCUCAUGAGAGAAGUAGAUGCUUUGGAUGGAGUCUGUUGUCGUAUAUGUGAUAUCUCAGGCAUUAAUUAUACGAUGUUGAAUAGAUCCAAAGGACCUGCCGUAUGGGGCUACAGAGCUCAAAUUGAUCGUGUUUUAUACAAGAAACAUCUUCAACAAGAAUUGUUCAAUACACCCGGUUUACAAAUAUAUGAAUCUUCCGUAGAAGAUUUAAUCAUCCAAGGAGAUUCUCCAACAUGCCAUGGAAUAAUUCUUAAGGAUGGAACGAAAAUAUACAGCGAUGCGGUCGUCAUAACGACGGGUACAUUUUUAAAGGGACAAAUUAAUAUUGGUUUAGAGAAGAGGCCUGCUGGCAGGCUCGGUGACGAACCUAGCAUCGGAUUAGCCAAUACAUUAGAAAGAAUCGGAUUUAGAAUAGGAAGAUUGAAAACUGGUACUCCGCCGCGGAUAGAAAAGUCGACGAUAGAUUUUUCUAAAUGCCGUAUACAAUUACCAGAUAAAGUAUCCAAACCAUUUUCGUUUAUGAAUGAAACGGUUUGGCUACCCGUGGAGAAACAGAUACCUUGCUACCAAACUAAUACAAACGAAGGUGUUCAGAAAAUUAUAAAUGACAAUUUACAUUGUAAUUCACACGUUACGGAGGAGAUAACAGGACCACGCUAUUGUCCAAGUAUUGAAAGUAAAGUUCUGAAAUUCCCGGCAAAUAAUCAUUUAAUCUGGCUAGAACCCGAGGGACUGGAUUCGCCGUUAGUUUACCCCGGUGGGUUGUCGUGCACGUUGCCUGCUGAGAAGCAACAGGAGCUUAUCAAUUGCAUCCCGGGAUUAGAAAAUGCCAAAAUGGCAAGUCCCGGAUAUGGGGUUGAGUACGAUUACAUCGACCCAAGAGAAUUAAAUCCUACGUUAGAGACAAAGAAAAUUCCAGGACUGUUUCUCGCUGGCCAAAUUAAUGGUACAACCGGUUACGAGGAAGCCGCAGCGCAAGGAAUCGUGGCCGGUGUCAAUGCCGCAGCUAAGGUUCUCCACAAGAAGCCGAUGAUAAUAAGUCGAACAGAAGGAUACAUCGGAGUUCUGAUCGACGACCUUACUGUACUAGGUACGAAUGAACCGUACAGAAUGUUCACUAGUCGCGCGGAAUUUCGAUUGAGCCUACGUCCGGAUAACGCGGAUCGAAGGUUGACUAGGAAAGGAUACGACUAUGGUUGCGUGUCUGAAGAGAGGCUGAUAAAGACUGAAGCGAUUUUAUCCAGAUUAGAAGAAAAUAUAAAAUUGUUUAACGAUAUUAGAAUGCCCAUGGAGAAGUGGCAGAGAUUAUUAAAGCUACCACUUACGAAGAAUACCAAUCAAAAAUCCGCUUUUGAGUUGCUACGGAAUAUCGAAAUAAAUAUUGACAUGAUUAUUCAAGCGCUUCCAGAUUGCUUUGGACAUCUCGCCCAGGAUCCAAUGGUCGUGCGAAGACUAAAGAUAGAAGGGCUUUACGCAGGGAGUAUUGAACAACAGCAGCAAGAGGUCAAUGAAAUUCGCAAGAACGAGCAGAUGAUCAUACCGCCAUCCAUAGACUAUAACAUGCGCCAAUUAAACCUAUCCGUGGAGGAGAAGGAAAAACUUACAGAACUGCAGCCUUGUACGAUUGCAGCGGCUAGUCGAAUUCAGGGUGUCACUCCGUAUGCCAUUUUGCGUUUAAUAUAUCACAUACGAAGUACAUCUGUACAGAAUACAGUUAGGAUUUAAUUAGGAACUAUUCCAAAUAAAGUAUUUUACAACUAA